UAUAAAUAGAACAAGCAGAUCAGCAUGACCAAGUGAUAAAAUUACCUUCUGGUCUUCAGGAACUUCAGCAUGUAACUGCGCUAUAGGGACCUCAGUGUACCCCUCUUCACAGCACACAUAAAUACAUUUGGAAAUGGAUCUGGAGGAGACAUGCAAAGAAGGAGAAAACACAGAGAGGAAAAUGACUAGAACUGCAGCUGCAAAGUUGGUGAAAAAGGCUUUCCUCGAAGCCCUGAAGUCCAAUGACUAUGAAACACUGGAAGAGCUCUUGAACCAAAAGAAAAUAGACGUGGACACGGUGUUUGAAGUGGAAGAUGAAAACCUGAUCCUGGCAUCCUAUAAACAAGGGUAUUGGCUACCUAGCUACAAAUUAAAAAUAUCCUGGGCAACUGGGCUUCAUCUAGCUGUCAUGUACGGGCAUCUGGAGAGUCUUUCGGUCCUGCUCAAUCACAAAGCUACAAUCAACUGCCGGCCCAAUGGAAAAGCUGCAAUCCACAUAGCGUGUGAAACAGCAAAUGUUGAGUGCCUCAAGAUCCUUUGCAACCAUGGAGCUAAGCUGAACUGCUUUUCAAUGAGUGGGCAGGCGCCCCUGCACUUCUGUACGACACGAACCUCCAUGCCUUGUGCCCAGCAGCUGAUUUGGAGAGGAGCAAACGUGAACAUAAAAACGAACAACCAGGACGAGGAGACCCCUCUGCACACUGCCGCGCGUUUGGGUAUCCCCGAGCUCGUGGCCUUUUACGUGGAACAAGGGGCGCAGGUGGAUGCUCUCAAUGCCCACCUGGAGACCCCCCUGGCCUGCGCAGCCUACUGGGCCCUGCACUACAAGGACCAGACGUACAGCCCAGACCACCACCUCAUCUGCCGGAUGCUCUUAGACUAUAAAGCCGAAGUGAACAGCCGUGAUGAGGAUUUCAAGUCACCGCUCCACAAAGCUGCCUGGAACUGUGAUCACGUGCUGCUGCACAUGCUGCUGGAGGCAGGGGCAGAGGCAAACAUCAUGGAUGUCAACGGCUGCGCGCCCCUGCAGUACAUCAUAAAAGUGACGUCUGUACGGCCAGCUGCCCAGCCUGACAUCUGCUACCAGCUGCUACUGAAUCAUGGAGCAGCCAGGAUAUAUCCUCUGCAAUUCCACAAGGUGCUACAGGCCUGUCAUUCCCACCCCAGAGCUGUGGAGGUUGUCGUCAACACUUACGAGCACAUCAAAUCAACAUCUAAGUGGAAAGCAGCCAUACCUGAUGAUGUCUUUGAGCGGUACCAGGAAUUCUACGACUCGUUGUUCACCGUGUGCAGCAACUCGCCGCGGUCGCUCAUGCACUUGUGCAGAUGUGCUAUUCGGGUGAUGUUGUCAGAAAGAUGCCACCGAGGAGUCCCCUUACUCUCCAUCCCCGUGUCCAUGAAGAAGUACUUGCUGCUGGAGCCGGAGGGGAUAAUCUACUGAGCUGCAGCAGAGCUGGCUGCGUGCCCCUGCCUGCCUCUUCCCAUAUCCGCACGCCUCUGCGUGGUGCUGGAGGUCCAGGCUCCACGCUCUCGCAGACCUUCGCUUCUGUAUGGUCUCAGGCCAGCUAGCAGCUGGGUUGGCAUUUACGGCCCUUCUCGGAGCUGCUGCCUCUCCAUGAAGUCCACGGAGCGGGGCGGGGAGGCAGAGCUGGAGCAGCCCCCCUCCAGACGAACACAGGGCUGCGCGUUUGGAUGCUUUGUUCAGUCUAGCUUAAAUGACCCUGUCAGUGAUGCUUCCAUUUCUUUGGGUAUUUAUUCCACCGCCUGCUAGAUAUCAUUAGAUUCAAUCUGAGCAACCUUUGGUACCGUUUCACUGUAAUUUUCUUCAGCUGUCAUUUUAGGAGUAAAAGAAAGGGUACUGUCAAAAAGUGGUACAUUCAUUAGUCACAGAAAUGCUUUCCCAGAAGGAAAUGGGUGAACUGCUUUGAAUCAUGACCACAGACAGGAUUUCAGUAGUUGCCUAUGGAUUGAAUCUGAAUUCAGUUUUGGUUCAGUCUUCACUAUACCUGUCUGUACCUUAUAAAGCUUUGUCAUUAUAAUAUCCUUUUUAAUCGUAAGAUUUUUUUUUCCAUUAUCAGUCAUUGUAUGGGAACAGGAUCAAAAUCUGCAGCA